AUGAAGUGCAGUGCGUGCGGAAAGUUUAUGGCGGCGGCAGAGGGCAUUACGUGUCCUAAAUGCGAUAGAAAAUCACACAGGGCCUGCGUUAAAGUUCCUGAAGGUGUGCAGGUCCAACCUACUUGGUUGUGUCCGGACUGUAAAAUACGGACGCCCCGAAAGUCAGAUCAGAAUACGCCUGUGCGAGGACUUAAUUCCGAGUAUAUUAUCAAGCAAGGCGAAGAGAAACCCCAAAGCCCUGUGGCGCAAGGUUUCAAAGAGUCGGAACUAGCUCUUGAACUACGUAGAUUUAGAGAACUGCGAGAAACCAGGGAAGAAUUUCGAUCUUUCCGACAGAUGUUUGAUUUGCAAGUUCGAAUAAGACCACCUUUGUGGGAUCUAUCUCACGAUUUAUUCAAAGAUAAAGAUGCCAAGCUUCAAGCAUGGUUUGGAGUGUAUAAAGCUCUUUUGCCCGAUUUUAAUGAUUUGUCUGAGAAUGAUAAAAAAGACUUUGAAAAAAGUGUACAACAAAGAUGGAGAACUGCGAGAGAUGCUUACAUGAGAUGCAAAAAUUCUAUGAAAUCUGUGAAAUCGGGAUCGGAAGGCGGAAAGAGAACCAAAUACGUAUUUUUCAAACAUUUACAGUUUCUUGACAAAAAACAUGUUGCCGACACCGAAGAUUCUAUUGAAGAAAAUGAAACAAGAGAAGAUACACAACAAGAUUCAAAUUUAGAGUCUCCAAUCAAUCCACGUUCUACUGAAACAGUAUCCACCAAUCCAGAAACCCAACCACAGUGUUCCAGCCAAGUUAGACAAGAUUCUUCAAACACAACUAAACAAUCUAGCUCUACUCCUAACACAAACCCAUCAAGGAAGCGUAAAAACGCAAAAACUAAUGAAGACAGCUACUUCGAUAAAAACAUCUUGGAGUUUUUAACAAAAAACAGCGAAAUUAUUCAAAAUGACGAUAUGGCAUUUUUUUAUUCUCUUUUACCUUUAACACGGACAUUCGACAAUCGUCAAAAAGUUAUGUUCCGUACUGCAGUAAUGAAUAAAGCCCUGGAAAUUUGUAACUGCCCUUCGUCUAUCACUCCUCUUGCUUCACCAAUGUAUGCAUCUACCUCUCGCCCUGAAUCUUCUACUUCCAGCAUGAAUAUAGCAUCACCAGAAUCUCUACCAUCAGGAUCUCAAGACAUAGUUUUGUAUUCAGUUGAAGAACCUUCGUCUCAAAAUGUAGUGAGAACUAAUCCAAAUAUCGCACAUACAUCACAAAAUUCGGUAAUCACAUCUUUGUCUGCUUCCAGCUUCAAUAUACCAUCACCAGGAUCUCGAGACAUAGUUUUGUAUUCAGUUGAAGAACCUUCGUUUCAAAACGUAGUGACAACUAAUCGUAAUUUCGCUUAUACGAGCACAUCACAAAAUUUGGAAAACCCAUCAUCUGAUUUGUCUCAGUAUAUUAAUUUUAAGCAAUGA